GAUCCUCAUUUCUAUUGGUGGUGUGGUCAUGUUUGUCUUGUCUGCAACUCUGCUCUCUAUUUUUCAUCAACCCUCUCACUCAACGCCAAUCCGAUUUACCACACACGCGCCUACAUCGGUGUUUUGAUUUCAUAUGCUGUUGUCAUCAGUAAAUCCAUAGGGGAUUCUUCAUGGUUCAGUAAAGAGUUUUUUCGUGAUGAGAACGUCCAAUACUUUGCCUUGGCUUUCUAUUGGUAUUCUUACCAACCCAUGGCAGUUACACUGGUGCCUUAUUUUGCGUUCUCGAUCUUCCAUGUGUUUAUUUACCUUCGGACCAUUCUUUUACCAGUAUUCUUCCCCAAUAAUGACAACCCAACUGUGAAGCAUGCACGUGAGGUGAUUGAGCAGUACACAGAUGAAUAUCAUGAGAAAGCUUUGCAGAUUGCAGCCUACGCCGAAGUUGUCGGUAUUCUAGGACGAUUGAUCGCCGGCGUACUAGUUUUCCAGACAUCAAUCCUCGCCUUGGUUGUAUUUAUUCACUUUUUAAGGCUUCGUUUUUACCUAUCACCUUACACAAGGGAUGCCAUGUAUGCAGUUACGGCAAAACUAGAU